ACGGGCGAGCUUUAAAGGUGUGUCACCACGCCAGAUGUGAGCAGCUGAAUCACAACAGCCCCCUGCACUUGUGUGAGACGUGUGACGGGCAGUUCCACGGGGUGAUGCACUUUGACAGGCACAUCCGCUUUGACCUGCUGCCUCCAGGGUCUAUCCUGGCACGGAACAUCUCCACCCGGUCCUGCCCGCCACGCACUAGCCCUGCCUCGGAUCUGGAAGAGGAAGACGAACAGCUGAUUGAUGGGAAAGGGGAAAAAAGGAAUUUAGCCCGAAAGCAGCUCAAGAAGGGAACGAGGAGACAUACGGAUGAUCCUAGCAAGGAAUAUUUCACUCUGAAGUUUGAUUUGAACGUGGACAUCAAAACGGAGAUUGCCCCAGCCAUGAAGAAGAAAUCUUUAGGCGAGGUCCUGCUGCCGGUGUUUGAGCAGAAAGGCAUUGAUCUGUCCAAAGUGGAUAUUUAUUUGGACCAGUCCAACACCCCGCUCUCGCUCAACUUCGAAGCCUACCGGUUCGGAGGACAUUACCUCCGGGUGAAAGCCAAGCCGGGGAAUGAUCUGAGGGUUGAAGAGGCGGUGAAGGACAGCAAAUCCUUGAGUUUGCCCAUUCUGCGCCCAGUGGGCAUCAGCCCCUCCUUCCUCGCCACCCCGUCUCUGGAUCGUCUGGAGCAGCUCUCGGUUCGCCAGGAAAGUGCCGCUGAUGUCUUGGUGCCUGGAAGGCAAAGGAAGAACAUGAAUGAAUUCCUUGGGGAUUCCAACAUCCCAAACCAGGAUCUGCUGCAGCCUUCAGCCCCCUCCCCGAUUCCCAAUGGCCCGGACACGCGGAAGAACCGAGCAGCCAGCCGUUUUAGCGGCUUCUUCGGAUCAGGCAGCAGCAGCAGCUCUUUUGCGAGGGAGCAGGAAAAGAUGGAGCAGCUGGAGAACAGGCUGCAGUCCUAUGCACCCCCUGGCCAGCCCCGGUUCCCCGACCGGCUGCGCUUCGACCAGGACUCCUGGGAAGACAAAGACGGGGAGGAGGAGGAGGAGGAGGCAGCCCUGAGGCUGGAGGAGAGCUGGCAGGAGAUCAUCGAGGGGACGGAGGCUCUGACGCGACGCCAGUGCCACCAGCAGGAAGCCAUUUGGGAACUGCUGCACACCGAAGCGUCUUACAUCAAGAAACUGAAAGUCAUCACCAAUCUGUUCCUGUGCUGCCUUUUGAAUUUGCAGGAUUCGGGCCUCUUGUGCGAGGUGGAAGCUGAGCGGCUUUUCAGCAACAUCCGAGAAAUUACCCAGGUCCAUCGCGCGCUCUGGAGGACCGUCAUGGCCCCCGUGCUGGAGAAGGCCCGGACGAGCCGAUCCUUGCUGGACCCCACCGAUUUCUUGAAGGGCUUCGAGAUGUUUGGCUCCCACUUCAAGCCUUACAUCCGCUACUGCAUGGAGGAAGGGGGGUGCAUGGAAUACAUGCGCAGCUUGCUUCGUGAGAACGAGCUCUUCCGCCUCUAUGUGAUGUGGGCCGAGAAGCACAAGCAGUGCAACCGGCUGAAGCUGAGCGACAUGCUCGUGAAGCCGCACCAGCGCUUGACCAAGUAUCCGCUGCUCCUGAAGUCGGUGUUGAAGAAGACCGAGGACCCGCGCGCCCGAGAGGCCAUCGCCACCAUGAUCGACUCAGUGGAGCAUUUUAUCAACCAUGUCAAUUCACGCAUGCGUCAGCACCAGGAACAGCAGCGCCUGGCCACCACCGUUAACCGCAUUGAUGCGUACGAGGUGGUGGAGGGAAGCACCGAUGAAGUGGACAAGAUCCUGAAGGAGUUUCUGCGCCUGGACCUGACGGCCCCGAUCCCCGGGACCUCCAGGGAGGAGACACGGCAGCUGCUGCUGGAGGGGAGCCUCCGGAUGAAGGAAGGCAGAGACAGCAAGAUGGACGUCUACUGCUUCCUCUUCACCGACCUCUUCCUCAUCACCAAGCCGGCCAAGAAGGCCGAGCGCAUGCGGGUCAUCCGCCAGCCACUCCUGAUCGACAGGCUGGUGUGCCGGGCGCUCCGGGACCCGGGAUCUUUCCUGCUGAUCUACCUGAACGAGUUUCGCAGCGCCGUCUGUGCCUACACAUUUCAGACCAGCGGACAGUCGCUCUGCCGGAGCUGGGUUGAAGCCGUCUGUAACGCCCAGAACAAGCUGCAGCAGCUGCGUCUCCAGGAGGCCAAGCACAGCCAGCAGCUUCCCCAGGUAGCGGGAGGGAAGGCGGAAGAGGAAGAAGAGGAAGAGGAAAAAGGCCACAGGGGCUCCUCGGCAGCCAGCUCCCCUCCCACUCUCCGCAAGAGCACCAGCAGCCUGGACUCACAGCAGCGCCUCUCAGACAGUUCGACUGAGACGAUCUCCUUGACGGUGGUCGAGGCCGGCGAGGGGCUCCCCUCCCCUUCCUUCGAGGGGGGCCCGUUCAGUUCGCAGGCAGAUGAGUCGCCUGUUGGCCUCCACCCCGAUCCCACCACACCCACCUUGGAGACAGGGGACCCACUCCCAGAUGCCCCCGGCCACCUCCUGAAACCGGAAUCCAGCCCCUGCCGCUGUUCCUCCGUCGACAGCGCCUACGGGACCCUCUCGCUCGCCUCCUUCCAAGAACUGGCCGACCCCCAGCAGCCGCAGGGGGGCACGGCAGCUGCCGAGGAGGAGGAGGAAGAGGAGGAUGCUGCCCAGCCCUUGCAACAGGCUCGCUCCCCCAGGCUGCGCCAACAGACCCCCGUCCAGCUCCUACCAGCCAAGAGCAUGGUGCUGAAAUCCAAAUCGGAGGCCAACCUCUCACAGUUGCUCUCGGCCUCGCUGCAACUCAGCCCAAGCAGGAGCCUCUCCGAACUUCCCCCCCCGGUUCUGCUGCCCGGCUACCCCCUGAUGCAGGAACCCCAAAGCCAAGCCUUUGGGGGCAUCUUCAGCAGCAGCAGCAACAACAGCAGUGCGUCUGAGCUCUCCGAAGCGGAGGAGGCGUCCUCGUCGGGGGUCUGCAUCUCUCCAGGGAGGGCGGCCGCCAUCUUGAGAGGGCCGCUGUCCCCCUGCUGGCUGGUGGAGGAGCUCCAGGGAGAGGAACUGUCGGCGGGCCAGCCGGCUUUUCCGGAUGCACCGGCAAUUCAGCACCGCAAGUUGACGUUGGGCCAGCUGUACCGCCUCCACACCACAUUGCUCCUCAACUCCACGCUCACGGCCUCGGAGGUAUGAGAAGCACCCGCAGAAGAGGAUCAAGGGCGAGAGAGACCCGCUCGCAGGAGGUCCAGUUCUGUAGCACCACCCGCCGUGGGCAUCGGGGCCACCUGCCCGCCCCGAGCGGGUGGGCACGAGGACCGGGCACAGCAUCCCAACCGGGUGCCACAACCCGGCCUGAGUUCUGUGUGUGUGCGUCGACCAGAUCAAUGUGUUUGCGGCAGCUGUGCACACUUGGGCCCGAGGACACGAGAGACAAGGGGCGAGUGGGGAUGGGGGGGGAGUUGGCCCCAGCAACAGUUUUCCUAGAUUUUUGCCUUUUGCAUUUUUAGCCCUCCCUACAGCAGGUGAGGGAGUGAGAAGGACACCUAGGGUGGGUCUCCGCACAAUCCCCGAACGACCACCCCCGAGCCGUAUGGCGGGCUGUUGCUUGUCUGACUCAGCUCCUCCUCCUGUGGGGCUCCCCAAUCACCCCAAAGCAUCCGUCCCAUGGCAGGAAUCGAGCCUCGUCACUUCCUCUUGGACCUGCGCCCCAUUGGCCAGUUUGUCAUACUCCCAGCGCCACCCCGGCCCCCAAAAAACCAGCCUGCAGCAGGAUCUUUCCCAACUUUGGCAAGAGUGCUGCGGGCACUUCCUAGUUCUCCUACAGAGGCCUCUCCGUGCCCAGCACUUGACGCAGGGUGCCAAGGAGGAGGGUACAGUUUAUAA